GCAAAUCAAUAUAAUUCACAAUGGAAAUUGGUAUGCUUAUGCUUUUAUUAUCAACCCUUUUCCUCUCAGUGGCUCACUCAACAACAUUCACAAUCACAAACAAUUGUGCAUUCAACAUAUGGCCAGCUACACUAACCGGAGGUGGAGGCUCACAGUCAACUUCAACAGGUUUCGAGCUAGCCUCGAAAGCUUCAACCACUCUCAACAUCAUGGCUCCAUGGUCAGGUAGAUUUUGGGGAAGAUCACAAUGUUCAACAGACACAACUGGCAAAUUCACUUGUGCGACCGGUGAUUGUGGAUCUGGUCAAAUAUCUUGCAAUGGAACCGGUGGAAUCCCACCGGUUACAUUAGUUGAAUUCACUCUUGCAUCAAACAAUGGGCAAGAUUUCUAUGAUGUUAGUCUUGUUGAUGGUUUUAACCUACCGGUUUCAGUAACGCCGCAAGGUGGUUCCGGGGAGUGUAAAGCAACUAGUUGUCCUAAUGACGUGAAUAAAGUUUGUCCUACGAAUUUUUCGGUUCAUGGUUCAGAUGGAAGUGUCAUUGCUUGUAAGAGUGCUUGUUUGGCUUUGAAUCAACCUGAGUAUUGUUGCACUGGAGAUUAUGCUUCACCUGAUAAGUGUCCACCAAAUGCUUAUUCAAUGAUUUUUAAGAAUCAAUGUCCUCAAGCUUAUAGUUAUGCUUAUGAUGAUAAAUCUAGCACUUUUACUUGUUCUGGUGGGGGAAAUUAUUCCAUUACAUUUUGCCCUUGAACCAAUAUGUGAGAUAGAAAAAGAACUAUCUAGGUACCAUAACUACUAGAUAGGAAAUUUCUCCAUAUAUGAAAGAAAUUAUUUGAUGCUUCUUAAUAUUAAUGCAUUUUGAUGU